AUGAACCCUUCCACGCUUAAACCUUCCCAUUCACACCCUUCCGUUUUACUACCCUCACCUUCUCCGUUACGCACACAACGACGUCGUUUUAGGGUCUCACUCCCUCGAUGCUCCUCCGAAACCAACAAUCCUUCUUCUUCCUCGCCGCCGCAGCGACCGCCGAAGGAACUCACCGGAAUUGAGAUUCUAGUUGAUAAGUUGUCUUCGCCGGCGAGACUUGCUACAUCUGCCGUCAUCGUUGCCGGCGCGGUCGCGGCUGGAUACGGUUUAGGUUCUAGGUUUGGAGGAAACCGUAAUGCCGCGCUUGGUGGUGCCGUGGCUCUUGGUGCUGCCGGUGGUGCUGCUGCGUAUGCUUUGAAUGCUGCUGCACCUCAAGUUGCGGCGGUUAAUUUGCAUAAUUAUGUUGCUGGAUUUGAUGACCCUUCGAUUUUGACCAAGGAAGAUAUUGAAGUUAUUGCAAACAAGUAUGGUGUGAGUAAGCAAGAUGAGGCAUUUAAGGCUGAGAUUUGUGAUAUAUAUUCCGAGUUUGUAUCUUCGGUGAUUCCUCCUGGUGGAGAGGAGCUUAAAGGGGAUGAAGUUGAUAGGAUUGUCAAGUUCAAAAAUUCUUUAGGUCUUGAUGACCCGGACGCUGCUUCUGUACAUAUGGAGAUUGGUAGGAAGCUUUUCAGGCAAAGGCUUGAAGUAGGAGACCGUGAGGGGGAUGUUGAGCAACGUCGGGCGUUCCAGAAGUUGAUAUAUGUGUCAAAUAUUGUAUUUGGAGAUGCAUCAUCUUUCCUUCUACCUUGGAAACGUGUCUUCAAGGUCACUGAAUCCCAGGUUGAAGUAGCUAUACGUGAUAAUGCUCAGCGACUGUAUGCUUCCAAGCUGAAAUCUGUUGGCAGAGAUUUUGAUCUAGGAAAACUUGUUGCACUCAGAGAAACACAACGUUUAUGUCGUCUUUCUGAUGAGCUUGCGGAGAACUUGUUUAGAGAGCAUGUAAGGAAAUUGGUUGAGCAAAAUAUUUCAGUGGCACUUGGAAUACUUAAAUCUCGCACAAGAGCAGUUCCUGGAGUGAGCCAAGUUGUUGAGGAGCUUGAAAAGGUAUUGGCAUUUAAUGAUUUACUCAUCUCAUUUAAGAAUCAUUCGGACAUAGAUCGCAUUGCUCGUGGUGUUGGUCCAGUUUCUUUAGUGGGUGGUGAGUAUGAUGUUGAUAGAAAGAUGGAAGAUUUGAAACUCCUUUACAGGGCAUAUGUUUCAGAUGCUCUGUCUAGUGGGCGCAUGGAAGAUAAUAAGUUUGCUGCUUUAAAUCAGUUAAAAAAUAUAUUUGGAUUGGGUAAGCGUGAAGCAGAAGCUAUUUUACUCGAUGUUACAACAAAGGUUUAUCGUAAACGACUUGGACAGACUGUUUCAAGUGGCGAGUUAGAAAUGGCAGAGAGCAAAGCGGCAUUCCUUCAAAAUUUGUGUGACGAGCUGUGUUUUGAUCCACAAAAGGCCAGUGAACUUCAUGAAGAAAUUUAUCGCCAAAAGCUUCAGCAAUGUGUUGCUGGUGGGGAGCUCAGUGAUGAGAAUGUUGCUGCUUUGUUGAAGCUGCGUGUAAUGCUCUGUGUACCUCAACAGACUGUUGAAGCAGCUCAUGCAGAUAUCUGUGGCAAUUUGUUUGAAAAGAUUGUCAAGGAUGCAGUUGCUUCAGGGGUUGAUGGGUAUGAUGAUGAAGCAAAGAAAUCCGUAAGAAAAGCAGCACAUGGCUUGCGACUUACCAAGGAGACGGCUAUGUCUAUUGCAAGCAAGGCGGUGAGGAAGGUGUUUAUUACUUACGUAAAACGUGCACGAUCAGCCAAAAGUAAUACAGAAUCUGCAAAAGAACUGAAGAAGUUGAUAGCUUUCAAUACCUUAGUUGUAACUGAGUUGGUAGAGGACAUCAAAGGAGAGUCUCCUGAUGUUAAAACUGAAGAACCUGUGAAAGAGGUAAUUAUAGAAACUGAAGAGGAAGAAUGGGAAUCACUUCAGACUCUCAGGAAAAUAAGACCGGACAAAGAACUUUUAGAAAAAAUGGGAAAGCCUGGUAAGACAGAAAUUACUCUUAAAGAUGAUCUUCCAGAAAGGGACAGGACUGAUCUUUACAAGACAUUCUUGACUUACUGUCUAACCGGUGAUGUGACUAGGAUUCCUUUUGGUGCUCAGAUCACAAAAAAGAAGGACGAUUCAGAGUAUGUUUUUCUAAAUCAGCUUGGUGGGAUUCUUGGAUUGACUGGCAAAGAAAUAAUGGAUGUUCAUAGGGGUCUUGCUGAGCAAGAUUUUAGGCAACAAGCUGAGGUACUUUUGGCGGAUGGACAGUUGACAAAGGCAAGGGUUGAGCAGCUUGGGAAGCUGCAGAAGGAAAUAGGCUUAUCGCAAGAGUAUGCUCAGAAAAUAAUAAAAAAUAUAACCACUACAAAAAUGGCAGCUGCCAUUGAAACCGCUGUAACUCAAGGGAGACUCAAUAUGAAGCAGAUAAGGGAGCUUAAGGAAUCCAAUGUUGAUUUAGACAGCAUGGUAUCUGUGAGCUUGAGAGAAACCCUCUUCAAAAAAACUGUUGGUGAUAUUUUCUCAUCAGGUACCGGAGAGUUUGACGAGGAAGAAGUUUAUGAAAAAAUCCCAUUAGAUCUCAACAUCAAUAAAGAGAAAGCAAGAGGGGUUGUCCGCGAGCUUGCACAAAAUAGACUAUCCAACUCACUCAUUCAGGCCGUGGCACUAUUAAGACAGAGAAAUCCAAAGGGAGUGGUUUCUUCACUCAAUAACUUACUGGCUUGUGAUAAAGCAGUACCCUCGCAGACACUUUCAUGGGAAAUGUCAGAGGAACUUUCUGAUCUAUACACCAUAUAUUUGAAGAGUGAUCCAAGUCCUGAAAAAUUGAAUCGUUUGCAGUAUCUGUUGGGCAUAAAUGACUCGACCGCAGCUGCACUCCGAGAUUCGGGAGAUAGAUUACUCGAGACCGCGGAGGAAGAGAAGUUUGUAUUCUAG